AUCAGAACACAGACAACUCGUCCGAACAUCACUCAUAACAGCAAUCGAGACUUACCUCCUUCAUACCAAAUCCACAGUAAUCGCAGCUUUCCAUAACCCAAGACCGUCUUUCAUUUCUUUAGCAAUUAUUCACUUUCAAGUGCCAGUUCAGCCAUACCCAGUAAAAUUCGUCGAUAUCAAAUUCAGGACAUCAUCAACUCAGAGCCAGAAGUCAGCAUUGAUCGAGUUACACAGUUCCCCAAUAUCAAACGCAGAGUUCCAGCUUUAGAAAUCGCCCACAUCGACACUCGAUACUGAACCAAGUCUUGGACCGACUGUUCCACGCACUGAUAUCACUAAAAAGAUACAAUCGGUAUUCUCUUUCUGUACAUGACCAUAUGAGAGAACUCAACAGACGAGUUCAAAGUCAGGUUAAAGACAAACCAGCCACUUGCAAAUUGCAAAGUGACACGCUAAGAGACCAUUUUACGGUCACCCCUCACUACAUCUUUCGCCCAACGUUUACCUGUACACUCUAUCGUCAAAGUUAUAUGCAGUCAUCGAAUAUCUGCUUCCAUUCUUUUACAUAAUACAAGAUUGAAGCACACGGAGACAAGAUGGUUCGCACUGCCG